AUGGAUAACACAGGUGAUGCAGAGGCUGUAGACGCCACACAGCCAUUCCCAUUCUAUAGUCCCGAUGACGACAGUAACAUAAUAUAUAUAGCUGGUGCCAAUCGAAAAGAUGGUGCCGCAGCAAUCAAAUGUUGCCAACUGGCAAAGCUGGUCGAAAAGAUGACACAGACUGUCACUUUUGACUCAUUCUUUGGAUCAGCAUUCUUCCUAACAUACAAGGACUUUACAACACCGAUGGAACUGGUCCAGUUGCUCAUCUCAAGAUAUACAGGACCAACAAAUAAUGCCAGCAAGGACCAUCUUCGUCUGUUUGAGAUUGAAGUGGAGAUUGUACAGGCCAAUGUAAUACAUAUGAUCAGACAAUUGAUUGGAACAUUGAAUGAGAAGGACUUCCAAGAGACAGAGUUUGUAAACUUGACGAUUGAGUUUAUAAAUUCAUUGCCAGAGGACUUGAAGAAUGAGUUGUUCUUGAUGUUCUUUAAGAUUAGAAGAUUGGCCAAGCCACCUCAACAGCGCGCACAGCAACAACAGCAGCGACCAAACACAACGAUCAUAUCGUCAGCGGCAUCAACCAUGCGUUUCUCAUUCUCCGUCUCGCCAAAGACUGAGUCGCCCAACUCCACAUCCGACGUGCUGACGGGCCUGCUUAGCAACACGGGCAGCAGCCCCAACAGCACACAGAGCAGCAUCAUCUCGACGUCGAGCGCAGAGGGAUCCACCCGCGGCGGUGGCUCCUCCACCAAGAUCAGCAAGGGUCGCAUGUCAAAGAUAUCAUUGAUGCCACCUGGCAAUGGAAGCAGCAGUGGAGCCACGGCGCACUCGCCACUCAAUGCGCACAGCAGCAUGGCGCUCAGCCACCACCUUACACAGAUACAGAACAACUUGGAUGAGGACGGCUUCCCCGUCAUCCAGGACAAGCCAUCGUUCCCACCCGAGAUGAUCGCGCGCGAGCUCACCAUCAUGGAGUACGAGCUGAUCGCAGCACUGGGCACACACGAGUUCUCGCAAAAGGCAUGGACCAAGGAGGGACAGGCGGCCAACAUCCGCAACUUUGUCACCUGGUUCAACAGGAUCAGCAGUUGGGUCACGACCAAGAUCAUCUCAAAGGAGACGCCCGAGGAGCGCGCCGUCAUCAUCGAGGCAUUCAUCAACAUUGCUCACUGCGCCAAAGAGCUCAAGAACUACAACUGCGUGAUGGAGAUCAUUGCCAGUUUGCACAACUCAUCAAUCUCGCGUCUAAAGAACAGUUGGGCGCUGGUGUCGCCCAAGUCCACCGAGCUGUUCACUCAGCUCACGCAAUUCAUGAGCUCUGACAACAACUUCAAGGUGUAUCGCAAGAGUCUUUUGCUGGUGCAGCCGACCGAGCCGUGCAUCCCAUACAUGGCGCUGUUCCUCACUGACUACACUUACCUGGACGAGUCGAACCCGGCCACGCUGCACGGCAUGGUCAACAUUGAGCGCAUCUUUUUGAUUGGCACACGUGUCCAGGAGUUCUUCAAGCUGUUCACCAACUGUUCCUACGGCUUCGUGUCGGCUGCCGCAGUGCGCGAGGCCAUCCUCAGCGAGAAGGUGUGGGAUGAGAACGAGACAUUCCGUUUGUCCAAGAUCCGCGAGGAUCAUACGGCCGCCCAGGUGACUUCGCCGUCCAGCAGUGCGCUGGGGCUUAGCACCGCGUCGUCGGGCAGCGGCAGUGGCUCGAUGAUCAAUCUGAAGCGCGGCUCACGUCUAGUCACUCGUUACCGUCUGUCUUUCACGGGCAACGACCCACCCCCCUCGAUCAGCUCGACGCUGAGCGAUCGCGACUGGAAGAUCCUGUCGACCAACGCCAGCACCGUCAAGCACAAGCGCGGCAAGAAGAUACUGUCGACCGGCGAGGUCAACAGCAACCUGUACCGCAUCAUCAGUGGUCGCAUAAAAUUCGAGAACAGCGCACCUGAUGAGACACGACACCUGGACGCCGGCGACAUAUUUGGCGAGGAGUGCUUCCUGUACGACCACCCGAUGCUCUUCAACGUCGUGUGCGACAGCGACGAGUGCGAGCUCGUCGAGAUCGAGAAGACCUUCAUCCUCCAGCUAUUUGUCAGCGAGCCAAUCCUGGCCGCCACCUUUUACAAGCACAUCGCCGUGCUCUUCACCGAUCGUCUACGCUUUGAACUGUUUAGCAGCAGUCCAAUAUUGAACGCAUUGAACGGCACCAGCACCACCAGCAACAGCAGCGGCGAUAGUAGCGCGAAUAGUACUCCAGGCAACUCGUCACCAAGCCGACCCUUUGCGCAUAGCACCAGCACACUGCCCAUGCCUGGCGGAACUGGCUCGCUGUCCAGCACGGGCCUAUCUCCAUCAAUGCUCUCACACUCAACAUCGUCCAUCGUUGACAAACGCAAGUCGCUGGCCAUUCCAUCCGCGCCCAGCUCAAUGGAGCUGCAGAUGAUGGGCACCGACACCAAGUUCCGCUCUACGUUUGGUCUGCCACCCGAAGAGAUCAUCAUCAAGAGCUAUCCAGCCAAGCACAACAGCACGACGGGCACACUCUACAUCACCAAGCACCACCUAUGCUUUGAGGGCAAGAAGUUUGGUCGCCACAAGCAAAAGGUGAUACCCUUUGACAAGAUCUCCAAGAUCCUGCCAGAGAAGGGCUCGCUGUCCAUGACGCUGGGCGACAAGACCAAGCGAUUCAGUCUGAAGAGCGCCGAGGACCUGUCUGAGGCGUACGGCAUCAUGACCAAGAUCUGGAAGAACCACUUUGGCUCUAGCGUCCGCUCACCCACAAAGCUGGUGCCUCCGCCCCCACCCCGCUCGCCAAAGAUUGGCCGCACAGACUCAUUCACUGGCAUCGCCGACUUGCCCACCAAGGACGAAUGGGCGCAGAUCCUCAAGGGCACAAAGACCAUGAAGUAUCGCAAGGGUGAGGUGCUGGUCAUCGAAGGCACUGAGUUCCAGAAGAUCUUCCAGAUAACAAGUGGAGAGUGCACAAUCGUCAAGGGACUGAAGCAGACGGAUGUCAACGCGACUAUGAACCCGCCAACAUUGAUCAACUCAUCCUCGUCCUCAUCGAUGCCCUCACACAUGACGGUGUUGGCGCGAUUGACCACCGGCAGCAUCUUUGGCGAGAUGAGCUUCUUGAUGGAGGGCGGCUCGUCCAUCUCUGUGAUCGUCAGCAGUGAUACACUGGAAGUCUACACACUGGAAGGAUACUUCCUGAACAUCAUGCUCAAGUCCAAGCCACUAUUAGCGCCAAAGUUCUACAAGUACCUUGCAUGUGUCCUAGAGAGUCGACUCAAGCUCUAUCGACAGACCAGCACAGCAUAG